AAUGGGAUCUUGUUCCUCAAAAAAAUUCCAAACAUACUAUUCUACAACUAAUUAAAGCUAAAUCACUUUGGAUUAACCUUUUCAUAGAAUGUCAUGGGUUAAUAAAUACAUACAGUAACCAUAAGAACGAACAAUUAUGCCUUACAAUCCAAACAGUAGAUAUUAGUUUUUAUUCAUAUAGGUCUUGAAUAUUAGUAUAACGUGGAAGUAGAAGGUGUAAUAUUUGAUGUUAUUGCUCCACCAGACUUUCUAGAUGAUGAUAAUUUGGAGCCAUUCGAAAAUGAUGAGUGAC